GCUGGCUAUUGAGGAGGAACGCUUUGUCGACACCUCACUGCAGCCGUGGUCCGACAUCGCCGCAGGGAUGGAACUGCCUGACGCCUUCAGGACUUUUGCUGACAUGUGGGGCCGAAGCCACGCCUUUAGGGGGAUAGGCCUCUCCAUAGACCUGCUCGAGACUCAGAGAGCUCUACCAUCUAUCGCGUUGUCUUCUGUCCCUGGAAUGCAGGACCCGCCCGGCCGCCAGGCGUUGAACAACGCCGUUGAGGCUUUCAGGGCCUUGAAUGGCUCAUCCGUCGCGGAGAGGGUGCAGGCCAAGAGGAACCUGGACUGCGCCCUUCGAAAUGCCAUUCUAGGAAAUGACACCAGGAACCAGAUCGACAUAUACGAGAAGCUCGCCGAGAUUUACACCAACUUGCGAGAUUGGGAGGGGGUAGUGCAUGUGCUGGACAAGAUUGACGACUGUUUCGAAGACCUAGGCCACUUCUGCGGUGUCAACAUAGACGAAAGGACCACUUUGCGCCGACGGCUCUGGAUGACGACAAGACGAGCUCAGUGCCUCAAACGUCUUGGGCGGAUCGCCGAGUCCAAGGAGCAGGUGCGCGAGCUGAAGAAGAUUGUUAAACGGCGCGAAGACCUCUGGACACGCAAGGACCGCGGUAAUGAAGAGUACCGGAACAUACUGGCUAUGAUCGAGAACGACAUCGCCAGAGGUCGUGCAUCGAGAGGCGCCGGAGAGCGUAGCUCAGAGAGCGUUAUUGGCGCAGUUUACAGAUACCGAGAUUUUGAGAGAGGUAGGAGCUCGGACUCGGAAGCCAAUAGCAACACUCCCGGAGAGGAAGGGAUCAUAGAAGUACUAGGUCAAAUCCUACCGAACCGCCAGCGAGAUGAACGGUCAAUCGAGGAACAGACCGGUAUUAUAGUAGCUCCAGAGAGCGUACAGCCAUCUACCAUGCCCCAUCGCGGCGUCGAAGAUAACCCCAGAACAUCAGCGAUAUUAAACGACCAAAGCAUCACGCCUGGGCCAGUCCCAGGCUCAGGCGCUGGCAAUACAACUGCUGCUGGCACGGAUGCAAACGAUGGCGACAAUGUGGAGGAUGCCGAUGACCUAUACUUUGUACUGAACCCGUGGAUGAAACCAAUCAUGAACUGGGCAGACACUCUUGGAGGAACUCGUGCGCCGCCGCAAUACUGGAAAGACCAGGCACCCCCGGGCCGUCUGGGCGGAUUGUUUCUGUGGGAAGCUCGCGCCUUCAUGGCAGACGCCUUUCUCAGAGCAAUUGGGGUUAUUGAAACACGAGUGCCUGAUUGAGACCACUUCAUAACGGUCACUGCGCUCCUCC